AUGUGUGGAGAAAUCAUUGGGCCAACAAUGACCAUUCUCGCACACAAUAUACAGGUAACGUUCAAUGGUAUAGCUACAGUGCUUGCAUUCGGAAGUGUUGGGGGCUUGAUAACAAAUCUUUUUUGCGGUAUUUUUCAAAAUUUCACUGCAAAUUAUCCAGAAUUGAUGCUGACAACGGCAUUUCUACUAACUGCUUUGCUUAUGUCUAUCACACCAUUUAUCGGCUCAUUAUGGCCGAUGUGUAUGAUAUUUCUGCUUCAGGGCACUGCAGGAAGUUUUGCUAAUAUGGGAGGUACUAAUCUUCUAAUCGACAUGUGGAAAACUCGUGUGGCAACGCCUUUGAAUAUAUUUCAUCUAGGAUAUGGAUUCGGUGCGAUAUUUGCAAAUUUACUUGUUCGACCAUUUAUAAAUACUGAAGAUGAAUAUCCUCAAGCUUUCAAUACAAGUAUUCGCUUUCCUUAUAUCAUCAGUGGUUUCUUAUGCUUUCUCAUCGGCAUUGGACAUCUUGUAGUCUUUCUACAAAAAUCAUCUGAACGAGAAACUGAACAAGCAGCUGUUGAGACAGUGUCUUUACAGUGUGAUACAGGAAACGAGAAGAUAGAAUUCUCUGUCUAUUCACCAAAAACAUGUGGAAAUGGCUAUUUCAAAUAUGGUCUAGUACUUUCGUUUUUAUUUAUUAUGUACAUUUUCUUUGUCAGCGGGACGGAUCAAGUAUUUGCAAAGUUUUACUUUUCCUUCUUGAAAAAUGAUCAAUUUCGAAUGUCCAGCAGCAGUGCCAGUUGGGGUGUGAUUCUUUAUUGGUUGUCCUAUUCAAUUGGUCGAUUAAUUUCUGCGAUUUUAUCGAUCUUUUUACCAGUUUAUGUUUGUUUAACUAUAACUUGGUGCGGAGGUUUGAUCCUAGCAGUAGUUUGGAACGUUUAUGUUUGGGUUUUUGGUCUAACUAUGGAAGGUCUUUUUAUUCUUGGCUCUCUUACUGGACUCAUUAUUGCGCCGCUGUUUCCAUUAUCAUUUGCGUGGUUUACUCAAAAUUUAAACUUAAUUCCACCAUUACUUGGUGCACUCCUUUGCGCGUGUGGUUUAGGAUCUUUAACUUUGCAAAAAAUCGCCGGUAUUUUAAUGGAUGUAAAUCAAAAUCAUUUUCCGACACUUUUGACUGGCUCCAUUGUUGUAACGAUGAUGUUGUUCAUUGUUUCUAAUCUGGUCAUAUUUUGUCACAAGCGAACUGUGAAAACGCGACGAAAUUCAUUAAUUAACGAAGAUGAAGACGAACAAAAUAUGGCUGAUUACCUAAAAGAUUACAACAACGUGCGAAAAAACUCAAUUAUACUCUCAUUUUAG